CUGUCGCUAUUGCGUCGUUUCCAUUCCAGGCAGCCAGAGUGCCUUCGUGACCUUACCUUAUCGUAGGCGCUGCCUGGACCGGAGCGGGCUCCCUGUCGGCCUUUCGUCCUCCGCGAUCUUCGUACCCUUAGCGAGGCACGUUACACCACCAACACCACCACCACCACCACCACCACCACCACCACCACCACCCCCCUACCACCAUACCACCUCUCCACCACUACUCUUCGCUCGUCGCAUCCGACACGUGUGUACUCGCUGCAGAUCACUCCCAGACAGAACAUGAGUAGAAGCUCGAAGCUCGCGCCUGAAGUGAACCGCGCACUCUUCGUGAAAAACCUUAGCUACAACGUCUCCACCGAGGAACUGUUCGACCUCUUCGGCAAAUUCGGGCCCAUUCGCCAAAUCCGUCAAGGCAUCGCCGCCAACACCAAGGGAACCGCGUUCGUCGUCUACGAAGAUGUCAUGGACGCCAAAGGCGCCUGCGACAAACUGAACGGCUUCAACUUCCAGAACCGCUAUCUAGUGGUCCUAUACCACCAACCUGAAAAGAUGGCUAAGAGCCAAGCAGAUCUCGCCGAGCGACAGGAGAAUCUAGAAAAGCUCAAACAGCAGCACGGUAUUUCUUAGGGGUGCGAGGGAGUUGUAGCAGGUGUGACCGACGCAGCGAAAGACGGCAGAGAUGUCGUAUCGCGCACGGACUCCGGCAUGAGUGGCAUCCGCAUCAGCAGCCCGGAGGCUACAACUCCCAUAGCAAGAGAUUUUGCUUUAUCGCAGCAGAAGAUUGGACACGAGAAGCACGAUAUACCAAGAAUGAUGAUGACGACGACGAGCAUUUGUAAGCCUAGGCCAACGACGAGGGCAGGCUCGGUCAAAAUGGUCUCAUUUAGCCAUCCUGACAAGGAGAAUUUGGGCAGAGGAAGGCGUCUCAAGGAAGCUUUUCUCACCACGUUUGGCGGGCACAAGCAGCAGCCAGUGUGAUGGGAGAUGUCAUUCCGCAAGGUAGGCUGCCGAACCCGCCAAUUCAUCAGAUUGUCUCAGCUAUGUAUGAUUGAAUAGACCCGAGCACUCUCACGAGGUCAAAGUCACGCGCAC